AAUAUGAUUGUUAAUCAAUUAAUCAUUGAUUAGAUACAUACAUAAAAAACAUGUACCGGUAUUGUAAUAGACAUGGAUUGACAGUUAUAACUGCGGCAGCUAUUGUUGUUGACUGUCAUCAGUGGUCGAAAAACAUUGGUUAUAAGCACCGGGAUAUUGUUUGCACACUGGAUGAACAACAACAACAACAACAAUACGGACAGACAGUUGGUUAUCAGUUGAUGAAAACGGUUCACAUGACUAACCAAAAGUACAACAUUGACUAUAUAUUCAAUCUGACGGCCAGCAAAUUUGUCAAAGUUUAUCAACCAAACUAUCAGUUAGGACUAUCGGAAGGUAUCGGCACCGGUACUGUGAUUAAGUAUAGCCGCCAACCGUUAAUAGUAACCAACGAACACGUAACCUCUGGCCGAUCUAUUAUGUAUAUACAGUGCAAUCACGAAUCCAAUGCACGUCCCGGUCAAGUAGUCUACGAGAAUCAUGCGCUUGAUUUGGCACUUAUAUGGGUUCCCAGUUUGCAGUUUGAUUUUAUGCUCAGCGAUUGUCAACCAGUAGUGGAUAGCGAACUCGAGUUUGGCGAUGAAGUCAUUUCGGUAGGUUUUACACCAUUUGGACCGACUAUUUACAUGGGCUGCGGCCAUGCGGUCUGUACGGACAGUUUUGGACCGCCAGCCGAUCCCAUAGUUUUCAUUCCCACAAUAAGCUACGUAAAGCAUACGGCCGGCCAGUGUCCCGGUUUUUCUGGCGGUCCUACUAUGAAUUUAUCGGGCAAAUUGGUGGCCAUCAACUGUAUUGGCCGUGAAUACAAUCAAUAUAACUAUUCAAUACUUGCCAUUGAUUUGUUUAAAAAUUUUGUUGAAAUCGGUGGCAUAUUUAUGAUACAACAGAUGGAUAAACGGGAAUUUCAACACUCAUUAAGAUUAGGACUGACACUACAGUGGACUUCAUUAUCAUUAGCUUCUGGUGGUUGUCUUAUCAGAGAUAAGUUUUGCAAAACACUUGAAAACCAAGAUCUGGAUACCGAUGAUAUUAUAGUGGGAAUUAAUGGACAAAUAGUUAGAUCGUUGGAUCACUUUAUGAAUGAAAUUACUGCCCAAACUGCCGACAUAACUGUCCUGAUUAAGGGCGAUAAAGCUCCGCAUACUAUACAGACUCAGCUAUUGGACAUUAUGUGGAUUUGA